AGGACUUGUCCUGGCCGCCGGACGUGACGCGAAGUCCCAGGCGCGGCGGAGGCCGCGGAGAAAACGCAGAGAAGGCGGGCCCCGUGCGAGGUCUGGCAGUCAGUGACAGAGCCGGGCGCCCGCAGCCCGAGCGUCCCCGGCAGCACCAUGCCGGCGCUCCUGGAGCGCCCCAAGCUUUCCAACGCCAUGGCCAGGGCGCUGCACCGGCACAUCAUGAUGGAGCGGGAGCGCAAGCGGCAGGAGGAAGAAGAGGUAGAUAAGAUGAUGGAACAGAAAAUGAAGGAAGAGCAGGAGAGAAGGAAGAAAAAGGAAAUGGAAGAGAGAAUGUCACUGGAAGAGACCAAGGAACAAAUUCUGAAGUUGCAGGAGAAACUUUUGGCCCUACAAGAGGAGAAGCACCAGCUUUUCUUACAGCUGAAGAAAGUUUUACAUGAGGAAGAAAAACGGAGGCGAAAGGAGCAGAGUGACCUGACCACUCUCACAUCAGCUGCAUAUCAACAGGGCCUGACGGUUCACACAGGAACUCACCUCCUCAGCAUGCAGGGGAGCCCUGGAGGGCACAGUCGCCCAGGCACCCUCAUGGCAGCUGACAGAGCCAAACAGAUGUUUGGACCCCAAGUGCUUACGACCCGGCACUAUGUGGGUNCAGCAGCUGCUUUCGCAGGGACCCCAGAACACGGACAAUUCCAAGGCAGCCCAGGUGGUGCUUACGGGACUGCUCAGCCUCCACCUCACUAUGGGCCCACCCAGCCGGCCUACAGUCCUAGUCAGCAGCUCAGAGCACCUUCAGCGUUUCCUGCAGUGCAGUACCUAUCUCAGCCUCAGCCACAGCCCUAUGCCGUGCACAGCCACUUUCAGCCCACCCAGACAGGGUUCCUCCAGCCUGGUGGUGCCUUAUCCUUGCAAAAGCAGAUGGAACAUGCCAACCAGCAGACUGGAUUCUCCGACUCAGCCCUGACUCUGCUCUUUGCAGUCCUCCCUGCGUCCUAUGCACCCUCAGGCUCUGCAUCCAGCCCCUGGACUUCUUACAUCCCCCCAGCUCCCAGUGCAGAUGCAACCAGCAGGAAAGUCAGGCUUUGCAGCCACCAGCCAACCCGGCCCUCGGCUCCCUUUCAUCCAACACAGCCAGAACCCACGAUUCUACCACAAGUGACCAUCAGAUCAUAUGGACUUCACCCCUUACCCCACCAUGGGGAAGGGUUGCUCCCCUCGUGUGUCCCAGGCCAAUAAAAUCUACCUGCCACUGCC